UCCCCGCGCCCGCCGCCGACCCACCGCCCACACCAUGGAGGCCAUCAAGAAGAAGAUGCAGAUGCUGAAACUGGACAAGGAGAACGCCAUCGACCGCGCCGAGCAAGCGGAGGCUGACAAGAAGCAGGCGGAGGACCGCUGCAAGCAGCUGGAGGAGGAACAGCAGGGCCUGCAGAAGAAACUGAAGGGCACUGAGGAUGAGGUGGAGAAGUAUUCCGAGUCUGUCAAGGAGGCCCAGGAGAAGUUAGAGCAGGCAGAGAAGAAAGCCACAGACGCUGAGGCUGAAGUGGUCCUCAACCGCCGUAUCCAGCUGGUAGAGGAGGAGCUGGACCGAGCCCAGGAGCGCCUGGCCACCGCCCUGCAGAAGCUGGAGGAGGCUGAGAAGGCAGCUGAUGAGAGCGAGAGAGGCAUGAAGGUCAUUGAAAACAGGGCCAUGAAAGAUGAGGAGAAAAUGGAGCUCCAGGAAAUGCAGCUGAAGGAGGCAAAGCACAUAGCGGAGGAGGCUGACCGCAAAUAUGAGGAGGUCGCCCGCAAGCUGGUGGUCCUUGAGGGAGAGCUGGAGCGCUCAGAGGAGAGGGCAGAGGUGGCAGAGAGCCGAAUGAGACAGUUGGAAGAAGAGCUGCGGACCAUGGACCAGUCUCUCAAAUCCCUCAUUGCCUCAGAGGAAGAGUACUCUACCAAGGAGGACAAGUACGAGGAGGAAAUCAAGCUUCUAGGGGAAAAACUGAAGGAGGCUGAGACCCGGGCGGAGUUUGCAGAGAGGUCUGUGGCGAAGCUGGAGAAAACCAUUGAUGACCUAGAAGAUGAAGUGUAUGCGCAGAAGAUGAAGUACAAAGCCAUCAGCGAGGAGCUGGACAAUGCACUUAAUGACAUCACCUCCCUCUGAGCCCCCUGCUGGGCACCAGCACUGCACCCCUUCCCCACCUGCCUCUCCCCUCCCCAGCUUAGCUACUUGCCUGCCUGACCGUCCCACCUCUCUCCCCACCCUCUCUGUCCUCCUCUGUCCUUCCUAGCCUGUGCCUGUCCGUCGGCUCCUUUGGGACAGGAGCCGGCCCAGGGUGUUCCCGCUGUACCCCUCUUUGGGGAGACAAGAUGUAGGUGCUUAGAACUGUUUGGUCAGGGCAGGCCAGCAGCUCCAUGGAGUCCUACAUGCUGGCUGAAUAGUGCCUGUGUAGCAGGUCUGUGCCAUGGUAUUGCCCAACAGGGAUCAGGGCUGUGCCUAGAAGCCUUUUGCUCCAGCACCUCCCUCCUUGGCUCCCCAGCAGCAGAAGCACUGGGGACCCUGCAGCUCCGGGGAUGGGGGGCCAUCUCCCCCCCACAUACUCCCAGCAAAGCCCCUCGGUGCUGCUUGCUGGCCCCAGGAUGGGGAUGACCUGCAUUGGGGAAGCGGCACCUCCACUGCCAAAGCUCAGGCCUGGGGGAUAGAGGGUUGGGCCCGACUGUGCAGUCACCUCCUUCCCUGGCAGGCAGGCAACCCCCAGCUCCUCCCUCACCCCGCCUUCUGUCCUUUGCACAUCGCUCUUCAGUUUGCAUCUCAUGACUUUUCUUUAAUGUUCUGUCCCUUUGGUUUAAUGAGUUGGUUUCAAUAAAAUUUCAACAUUGGUUUCUC